UAAAUCACGUGAUCUUUGAAUUCGGCCUGUGGACGAAAUUUGAAAUGUGUUAAGCCUUGUUUAGAAGCUUGUGUUCGUAGUAAGCUCGCACAAGGGGGAAAAGGGACAAAAUUUGCGCCGUGAAUUUGAAACACACAAAAAACGGACUUUGGACUUUGACCUCCCAUCUGUUUUUCUGUUGAUGAUGGCUUCGAUAGCCGAUGAUGAUUUUUGCUCAUUGGCUGAAGAGAAGUUUGAUUUUGAAGUUUCACUGUCACCAGCAAGUUCUAAAGGAGAAGAUGAUGUUGAAGAUGAAGUCUUCCUGGGUCCUGUCACACAUAAGGAGAGAUCUAUUUCCCAUGGAGUGGAGACCCAUAUGAAAGAUAGUAUGAGCAGUGGGCCAUCUUUGGGUGAGGAGCCCAGCUGGAGCCCACUGCUUGAGGAGAACUUUGAGGAAAUUCACAAAGAAGCUCAUCUUUUAGCCAGCCACCUUGAGAGAACUCUUACUGAGCCUGUUGCAAAAGACCUUACAGCUGCUUCCAGUUUGCCUGAAGAUGCAGAAAAGUUUGAGAUGGACUCCUCGGCCAAACUGGGCAUGUUCAAACCAGCUGAUACACUUAGCCCCAUUAAAAGAGAAACAUUUUGUAUUCAGGACAGCCCCAUGAAACAGCUUCCACCUGCCAUUCAGAAGCGACUGCAGAAGUCUAGCACUAUGUCUGGAGGCAUACCACGUCUUAGCACCUCCAGCCCUGUGAGAACUACUGACACCCAACCUAAAAUGGCUACAAGAGGGAAAAGCCUUGUUCCCAGUGGCAGAGUACUACCUAAUAAACCCACAGCCAUGGGGAACUCUCGACCUUCCUCUGGCACCCGACCAGCACUUCCUAGCAAAAAUCGGCUUCCACCACCCAGCAAAAGCUGUUUUGGCCUGAAGCGGAGUCCUGGUAGUAGAGACGCAAGCAGAACAGGCUCUGCUGAAGACCUGCUCUCUGAUACAACUAGUGUAGCCUCUGAUAUGAGUGAUUCUUCGUUCAACACAAGCCUGCCGGUAAAGAGAGCUCUUCCAGCCGCCAGCAAGACUGAAUUAAGAGGUGGUGCACCUCUUCGUAAAGUUCCUACGCUACCUAACAGGAGAGUGGUGGACCGAAGCCAGAAUACUUCUUCCUCCUCCUCUUCUGUGUCUAGUAUCAACUCAAGCCUGUCUGUCUCUCCAACUGGUAAAUGCAAACUGAAUUCCUCCCUGAACACCAGUGUGAGUAGCAUUAGUGGCCGCAUUCCCAGCAGUGGCAGCAGAUUUCCCAGUUCCAACUGCAAGUCGGGAAUCAUCAGCAAACCUCUGGAAUCCUCUGCUGGAAGAACGACAUCCUUCUCCACACAGGGAAGGAAAGGAUCUGAGCCUGUUCCUAGACCAGUGAAGGCCACCCCUAUUAGGAGAACAGAGACUGGACUUUCUGUUCAGUACCAAACACCAGCUAAGAAGACUAUGCAGAGGACCACCUCUGUGCCCAGCAUAUCUACACUUGCUGCUAAGACUGGAAGCACUGUUAAGGUGAACUCUAGCUUGAAAGCUUUCAUGGCACCGUCUCCAACAAACACUCUGAAAGGUGUACGAGGAUCUGAAGUUACAUCUUCGCCUGAUGUUCCUCGAAUUAUGAAACCGAAAAGACUGAUGUCAGCUUGCAGUGUGGACAGUGUUCCACAGAGACUCGUUCUUCCUACUUCUCAUGGCCUCCAGACAGCUUCAAGUGUAUCUGAGAAUCCGUUCCAGUCUAAACUGCGGCGUCCAUCUGCUCUACCUACACCUGUGAGCCGCCGUAUGUCUGGCAUCCCCAUGCUGACACCCAAAAGUGUGCCUCGCCUUAACAAAUCAUCCCACACCCCUGAGCCACAAUCACCAAUUUCCAGCUCAGGGAUUAGUCAUGCUAGCCCAGGUCAGCUGAAGCAGAGUGAGCAGCAGGAAGUAGUCGAAAAGGCAGAGCCCAAGGAGGACUCAUAUGCUCUGGUUGAGCUUCAGCCCCACUCGCUGGUCUUUAUUCUGGAGGAUGAUUUUAAUGGACCCACUGCUUGUGAGCCUGCUGCAGUGAAGUCUUCCAAACCAUCCCCAGAUGAUCCGGAGCCUCAUCCGACCAACUCAGAAUGUCCAUCGUUUUCAAAGUCUGAGGAAAUUCUGCACAACCCUCAGUUGAAGAAGACAGAAACACAGGAGGUACUGCUGGUGGAUGCACCUGCUCCUGUUUUGAAGCCUGAAGAGAAGGUACUCAUUGACCUUUCCAACACCCCUGAUUUGAUCAAAACCAUUCCCAGUAAGGGUUUUGGUGGACAGCUGAUUGAUUUGAGCUCACCUCUUAUAAAAUGGAGUCCAGACGGAAAGAAUGAGGCUGUGAAUGAGGCUCCUCCACUCAUUAACUUGUCCUUCUGAAGAACCUGCAUUUCCAAGUGAACAAAUCUGAGAAAAAUAAAAUUACAGAAACACUAUCAUAUGAAAAGCAUGUGCAUUUAUUCAUGCGGUUGAUUGUGCUGUGAUUGUUUUAUUAUGCUGGAGCCUGUCAGUGUUACUGUUUAGAGUAAUUUACUUUUGAAUGUUCAUCUUUGUUACUCUGUUUUUGUUGUCCCCCACCCCCCCAGAAAGGUACAAAUAAAAUAUCUAGACUA